GAAGGUAGGGACGAUGCCGAAGCAUGGAGAGGAAGUAAGGGAGGGAUGGACGGAGGUUGGGUUGGUGCGGUGAUGCUAGAGCUUGGAGAAAGAGUAGAAGUCAGCCAUGGAGAGAGAGGAAAAUAGAUAAGCGAAGUUCUAUCACCCGCCAUGUCAGCGUGCCAACGCGGAGGAUCGUGGAUUCGCGGUGAACGAGUUAAAAAGUUUAUGAUUCAGAAAUGUAUUUUCAGAGUUCGUGCAACACUCGUUGACGGAACUCUUGUUUUUUCACCCGCCGUCCUUCGCAUCCCGCGCCACCACUGCAGCCAUCCCCGCGCCGGCCGUCGUCGCCCCUCCCCUCCGCGCGGGCCGCCGCCGCUCCUCCCCUCCGCGACGACCGCAGCCGCCCCUUCCCUCCGCGCCGGCCCCCGCCGCCCCUCCCCUCCUGCUAGCCACUGCUACUGCCCGGAGCUCGCCAUCCUUGAUGUCGACACCGGUCCCUUCAGGCCCCCAAGGAAGCGCCCUUUGUCGUCGUCGUCCUUCUCCCUAUCGGCCAGCUCGUGUAUGACCAUUUACCGUUUGGAGUCAGCAGCAAGCGAGGCGUGGUUCAGUCACGCACGCGAGGUGCUCGACGGUUUGCCUCCCUGGGCCUGAGCAGAAGGAUGCGCCUGUGUUUGCGGGUGCUAGGCGCACCUCCACGGGGCUUCGUGCUGCACACCGGAAAGCGCGCCGCGCCGUGCUUCUCUACGGCGGGGUUUGACCUGCCCGAGUGGUUCAAGUACCCAGAGGAUGGUGGUCCUUGCGCCGCAUUGGAUGACGACGGCGACGACGACUUUGUGCUUCCGGCCAAACCAGAAACCUUGGAGGAGCGAAGCGGCACCGGCACUGCUACUGGUACUGGAUCCAAACCUCUGUCUAUCCUCACCGGCUGUCCUACAUCCCACGAAGAUGCCGAGUUUGAGGCUGACCUCGACGAGGUUAGCCGAAUUCUGAGCUCCCGGUUCGCGUCUCCUGAAGCCAUCGUGAUUGCCAUGGAAUGCUGCCCUGUCAGGGUGUCAGGACGCCUUGUUGACAAGAUCCUGCAGAGAUUUGGCAAUGAUUGGGUGGCUGCGUUUGGGUUCUUCAUGUGGGCAGGCACCCAGGACGGCUACUGCCAUUGUGCUGAUUCAUAUAACUCAAUGGUGGACAUACUGGGCAAGUUCAAGCAGUUCGAUUUGAUGUGCGGUUUGAUCAACCAGAUGCAUGAUGUUGGGGGCUUGGUGUCGCUUGCGACCAUGACAAAGGUGAUGAGGAGGCUCUGCGGGGCCAACCGAUGGAGUGACGCCAUUGAUGCUUUCCACAAAAUGGACAGGUUUGGGGUGGCCAAGGACACAAAGGCCAUGAAUGUGCUAUUGGACACAUUGUGCAAGGAGAGGAGCGUGAAGCGCGCAAGGGGUGCCUUCCAACAGUUGAUGGGGACUAUACCUCCUGACGAGAGUAUCUUUAACACAUUGGUCCAUGGCUGGUGCAAGGCAAGGAUGCUGAAUGAAGCUCGCAAGACAAUGAAAGAAAUGGAGGAGCAUGGUUUCAGUCCUUCGGUUGUAACUUACACAAGCCUCAUAGAAGCAUACUGCAUGGAGAAAGAUUUUCAGACAGUUGACAAUAUCUUGGAUGAGAUGCGCAGGAAGGGAUGCCCUCCAAAUAUUAUCACAUACACAAUUGUAAUGCACGCUCUAGGGAAGGCUGGGAGAACACAAGAAGCUCUGGAUACUUUUAAGAAGGUGAAGCAGGAUGCUUGCACCCCAGAUGCUUCCUUCUACAACUCUCUGAUAUACAUACUUGGCAGAGCUGGAAGGUUUCAAGAAGCGAAUUUUGUGAUCACAGAAAUGCGCAGAACUGGUAUAUCACCCAACUUGACUACCUUCAACACCCUGAUUUCUGCUGCCUGUGACCACUCUCAGGCUGAGAAUGCGCUGAAGCAGUUGGUUCAGAUGGAGGAGCAGUCAUGCAAGCCGGACAUUAAGACGUACAUCCCCUUGCUGAAGCUGUGCUGCAGAAGGCAGUGGGUGAAGACGCUUCUGUUCCUGAUAUGCCAUAUGUUCAGGAAGGACAUUACCCCUGAUUUCAGCACCUACACGUUGCUGGUGAGCUGGCUGUGCCGAAAUGGGAGGCUUGCGCAGUCUUGCUUGUUCUUGGAGGAGAUGGUGUUGAAGGGUUUUGCUCCGAAGCAGGAGACAUUUGAUCUUGUGCUGGACAAGCUUGAGAAGAUGAACAUGCAUUCAGCAAUUAGAAAGAUUCAGCUUCUCAGAAAGCAGGUAGCAGAUAAUAGGUGUAAGAACAUUGAGAGAAGAUUUUGAUGGUAGACAACAUUGUGUUGCAUUGCCAAACGCUUAUGAAAAUGGUGAAUGUUGGAAUA